AUUAGGGAUUUGGAAUCCCUCUGCUGCCCUCACGAGCCAUUUAUACGGUGCGCGCAAAUCUUUCACAGCUAGUUGUGUCGUCGUUGGCAACAAGCUAGCUCCUAAAUGUGUCUCAGAGGAACACGAUGCGAGUUCUUAUUUUAACACUCCUUCUGCACCUCACCACCGCCAACAACCGAAAAUGCUGCUCCUCCGACAGCUACCUCCGAAAAAACCACUCCGUCUACUUCUGCGAUAAGGACGAGGACAAGAGACUGCAGGUCUUCACCAAACAAACCGACCUGCUGAAGAGGGAGGGUCACGGCAAGUGCGUGGAGGCCCACCAUAACGUCACCGAGUACACGGUUCGGAACCACACCGUCGUGGAGGAGAGCUCCAUUGCCGUUAACUUCUACCCCAAGUGCUGUCCUCUCGGCUAUUUUUACGACUCGCUCGUUCAUUCGUGUGUUUGGAGAAAAAACAUGAACGAGAGUUUCAUCAAACAAAACUUUAUUAGAGUGGGCUUGCCGCAGUGUUUGGUGAUUGUUGAUUAUAAGUUAACACCGGGGAAUUUCAGCAUGGAGCUGGGGAAUUUGUACAUUGGGGACUUGGAGCGGUUCAAGGAUGGGGAGUUUUGCAUGGACUUGGACAGGGAUGGAGGGUUGGUGGCGCGAGGGUGUUACGAGGAUCUGGCGAUUUGUGCCAAACACAGGUGCUUAAGGAAGUGUUGCCCAGAUGGGCAGAGCUUCGUUAAUGGGUCUAAGUGUCGGAAUACCUACGAACAUGGGCUUGAUCUGGCCUUCACUGACAGAAUUGUUAAGCCAGAAGAGCCGUAUGCUAUCAUCCACAAGAAGUACAGCUGCAGAAUCUACAUACUGAAGCCGAGGAUUCAGUUUUAUAUCGACACUGAUGGAACGUUUUACGCCUUUUCGAAUAAAACCAACUCUUACGAACGCUACACAAUCGACGAAAAAUCCUACUGCAUCGAGCACGUGCAAAAACAGGAGCAGAAUCUCAACAGUUUCAAAUUCUUUAUGUGUUUUAAGGACGAUCCUCCGAGAUUAAAAUUUCUGGCGGAACGUUGGGCGAAAAUAGUUUCGUGUAUUUCCCUCGUUGUCAUUAUUGCAAUUUAUGUGUUUUUUCCCGAAAUGUUGAAUUUGUUUGGACUUAUUCUGCUUAGCUAUAACGUGACGACUUUAGCUACGUUUAUUAUUUUUGUCUACGUCCAGUUUGAGAGGGACUUGAGCGAUUCGGUUUGCUAUAAUUUAAGUUUUGCGUCGUCGUUUCUGGUCUGGUCAUCGUUCACUUGGCUUAAUGUAAUGUGUUUUAACAUCUGGUGGACUUUUGGGUCGCCAAAAUCGUUCAAGACAGCAAAAGAGAAGAAAAAUGAAUUAAAACGAUUUUUUUUGUACAAUUUAUAUGCUUGGGGGGUCCCAGCUGGUUUAACACUGAUUUCGUACUUAUCCUCCAAACAUUUGAAUAUUCCAUACGUUAUAAGACCGAUCCUUGGAUCAUAUAAAUGCUACUGGGAGAGAAGACCUGGAAAUUACGGAAUGCUAUUUUUUUAUGUGACUCCUCUAGUUUGCAUGGAACUGAUUAACUUAGUGUUGUACGUGCGGACAAUGAUUUAUUGCUUGAAAGUUCGAGGAGAGAUAAAUAAACUGAACGAUGCCAGAAUUUUGUCACAAGAGAGAAGAAAAAACUACCAUUUGGACAAAGAAUUACUCCUGGUUUUAAAACUGAGUAUCAUCAUGGGAAUUUUUUUUGUGUUUGAAGUUGUUUCGUCAAUUUUUGACUGCAGCAAGUACCUAGUUACUGAAUAUAUCGAAAUGAUUUUGGAUCUAAUUAACUGUUUGCAAGGAGUUUUUAUCCUUCUCAUUUUUGGGUGCAAGAGAAAAGUUUACCGAUUUUACCGAAACAAAAUAUUUUCGUCUACAAUUAGGAAAUCUUCAGCUUCUUCUACUCCGACUGCUACGACACAAAUGACCGAACCUCUUAAUUCCAGGUCUAGAAUUAGAAAUGUCUAAUUUCAAUUAAUAAGUUUGAUUAUAAUUAUUUAUAUCGAUGUAAUAUGUGGAUAAAUAAAAUUUAAGUGUA